AUGAGUAAACAAAAACAGCAAUUUAAAAGUUAUUAUUGCUUAGGUUGUAAACAAAGAAAGCCUUGUCAAAUUUUAACCGGGGAAAGAGUUUUAGCAGAUAAGCAAAAAGGCCAAGAAAAUAGGGUUAAGCGAUUAAAGUUGUUACGAAAAUAUGCAAGCUGUAAGAAGUGCGGCAGCUUAAAAACCGGCCGAGCUACCGGUGAGUUAACUUGGGAUACGGAAAGCCACUGGUAUCAAAAACGCUGGGGAAUUAAUUUAAAGCAAGAAGCCCAGGAAUUACAGCAAUUAUUUGCUAGUUCUUUGAAAACUAAGGGAGAGAAAUUAAAAAAUUGUGCUUGUAAAAAGAGUGAAAAAAUAAGGGUAGAUAGUGAUUAUUAUGCUUGGUGCGAAACUUGCGGGGUAAGUAUUAUUGCGGCCAGCAAAAAAAGAGUAAUUAAGAAUCGGAAUGACCCGCGAUUUUGGGGUUUAAAAGUUUCAGAAAAAGUUUUAUGUGGUAAUUGUUUAGAGGAAAGAAAAGGGAGCAUGAAGCCUUUACGGAGAGCCAAAUUUAACGAAUAUAAAAAGUUGGGAAGGGUGUAA